GCCUAACACACCUCCUCUUCCCCCUUCCUCUUCCUCAUCCCCUUCCUUCCUCCUACCCUAUAAAUACCGUUAUUGUCUGCUCCUAUAUCUCGUUUCCUUUUCUCUAAUCUCUCUCUCUCUCCUUGCUUGCUUCUGUGGUUUAACCGCUGACCCAUUUGGAACCAAUUCCUUGCGGUUGCCCUGCGGGUGGUGGCAGAAUCCAACCCAAUCGCUUGGUGUGAGGGGUUUAUCGUUGGGAUUUCAGGAUUUGGGGCUGGAAUCGAGUUUCAUACCCCGAUCGCCGCUUGGGAUCGAGGGAUUUCCCCUGUUUGGGCCUCUAAGUCGGUGCUUGAUUGAGGGUUUCUCCACCGAUUUCUGCUGUUCCUGAUUAGGUCCUAGAUCCUCGAGCACUUGAUUUCGUAGUAGAGUUGAAGGGUGCGAUUCUCCUAUUGAUCUAUUAUUUUUCCCUUUGUUGUAUUGUUGUGCUGGUGUUUUGAUGCACCGGGUGUUUUUUCUUGAUUCUGGAUGCUUAGAUUGUCGUAGUUCUUGAAACCUUUCCUGUUGAUUGUUGGAAUUCCGACGGAGGAAGGAAAGUUGAUGCCUUGGGGGAGUUCCCUAGCUGUAGGAAUUCUUUUUCAUAUCAGUUUCUCUAGCUUUCCAGAACAUUGGAAUCUAUGUUGUUUGCAGCUUAUAUCUUGUUCACUUAGAUAUAUAUGGGCUGAUUCUGGCAUUUCAUGGGAGGUGUAGAAGACAAUGAACCACCCUCAAAACGUGUCAAAACAUCCUCACUAGAAUUGGAGAACCUCUCAAAUACUUCGUCUCUUUCUGAGUUCAUCAAUCCUUUGGGAGGCCUAAUGGCCAGGCCUUUACCAUCCCAAGGGAGAGAAGACAUGGUCGGUUCUAAAGGAGUUAUUAAGAAAGUAGAAUUUGUGCGAAUUAUUACCAAGGCUCUUUAUUCUCUUGGUUAUGAGAGAAGUGGAGCAGUUCUGGAGGAAGAGUCAGGAAUACCCUUGCACUCUUCUGCAGUCGAUAUCUUCCGGAAGCAAGUUCUUGAAGGGAAUUGGGAUGAAAGUGUGAUUGCACUGCAAAAAAUAGGUCUUGUUGAUGAAAAUAUUCUGAAGUCUGCAUCCUUUUUAAUUUUGGAGCAAAAGUUCUUAGAACUUUUGGGAAAGAAUAGGGUAAUGGAAGCAUUGGACACAUUGAGAAGUGAUAUCACUCCACUUAGCAUUAACAAAAAGCGAGUGCAUGAGCUUUCCUGUUGUGUCAUAUCUCCUUCACAGCAUAUGUUACUUGGGUUUGCUAGUUUGGAAAUAGAAACUUCAAAUGCACGAAUGAGGCUUUUAGAGGAAUUGCAGAAACUGCUUCCUCCAUCGAUCAUGAUACCUGAAAGGAGACUGGAGCACUUGGUUGAACAGGCACUUAGAGUCCAAAGAGAAGCUUGCUACUUUCACAACUCCCAUGAAAGCUGUUUUUCAUUGUACACUGAUCAUCAGUGUGGAAAGGACCAGCUACCUUCUCAUACAACUCAGGUAUUGCGAGAACACCAUGAUGAAGUAUGGUUUUUGCAGUUCUCAAACCAAGGAAAAUAUUUGGCAUCAUCGUCAAUUGAUAGAUCUGCAAUUAUAUGGGAGGUUCGUGAAGAUGGAGAACUAACACUGAAGCACAAGCUAUCUGGUCAUCUGAAGCCUGUUCUAAUGGUUGCUUGGAGCCCUGAUGACAGCCAGCUUCUAACUUGUGGAAUGGAAGAAGUUGUUAGGCGCUGGGACGUUCACUCUGGUGAAUGCCUCCAUGUAUAUGAAAAAAAUGGUGUUGGAUUGAUAUCCUGUGGCUGGUUUCCGGAUGGAAAAGAACUCUUUUCUGGUGUUACAGAUAGGACUAUUUGCUUCUGGGAUUUGGAUGGAAAGGAGCUGGAUUCUUGGAAAGGGCAGCGAACAAGUAAAACUUCUGAUGUUGCUGUCACAAAAGAUGGUAGACAUAUGAUAAGUUUGUGCCGAGAAACUGUGAUUUUGUUGCUAGAUAGGGAAACAAAGACUGAGAGGCUGAUAGAAGAGGAACAGACAAUUACUUCAUUCUCACUAUCAAAGGAUGAUAAGUUUUUGCUUGUAAAUCUGAUAAACCAGGAGAUUCAUUUGUGGAACAUAAAGGAUGAUCCAAAACUAGUUACCAGAUAUAAAGGUCACAAGCGCAGUCGGUUUUUAAUAAGGUCUUGUUUUGGAGGAACUGAGCAGGCUUUCAUUGCCAGUGGAAGUGAAGAUUCACAGGUGUACAUAUGGCAUCGAAGUUCAGGAGAUCUUAUUCAAACUCUUCCUGGUCAUUCUGGCACCGUCAACUGUGUCAGCUGGAACCCAUCGAAUCCUCACAUGCUUGCAUCCGCCAGUGACGACCACACGAUCCGUAUUUGGGGAUUAAACAGGGUGAAUCUGAAACGCAAGGAGAUCUACAGCAACGGAACGGUUCACCUGUGCAACGGAAACAUCAAAUGAAUUAAGAUAGCAGUCAAGUACCUUGACUCUGCAUCAUCGACUGUUUAAAUCCUUGUCCACGGCUUCGGUGGCAAAUGCGCCUGUAAUGACACAGUUGCUGUUUGCUGAUAUGAAGUCUAAUGACUGUUUUAGUUUGGACGGUAAUUUCUUCGAUUGAAGCAGGAUAAAAAUUUCAGUCGUUGACAUUGGUCUGUUAAUUUCAUGGCAAUUUGCUGUUGGCCUCUUUGGAAAUUACUUGUGUGCAGUUUAUGCUGA